AUGGGGAGAAUUAAGAAGGUGGCAAGUCAGAAGCACGAGGCAACAAUCUCGCCAUUCUUGGCAGAUUUUGUCGGCCGUGCUACGAGAAUCCCAAUUGCUGAGCUCCCUUCACAUCUCCGUGCAUAUCCUCGUAUAUGGCCCUUCCCCAGAGGUGACCUCUAUCACUGGAUCAACGUUCUCGAUCGUUUUGAUGAAAUAUUGUCUGGUGUCAUCGAGAAGUAUUCUCUGAAUGUUGGCCCGCAGACCAAGCCUUUCGGAAGGGACGUCCUAGUGGAAUCCUACAAUAAUGGUGGAAGCGAUAUCAGUGCCGAGGAUGUGGAUGCCAAGCUUAAUACUCUAGGUUAUGGACCUGAGGGUGACAGGGAACUCGUGGAAACAAUCCUUGAUUUCUCCAGGCUCCUGAUGGAGAAGUGUGGAAAUCGCAGUCUGUACAGCAGUAGCGAGCGUCUAGGUGACCUUCUGAACACCACGUCGCUUUCCCUUCUGCAAACUACCUUGCGUCUGUCUCUCGCCUUGGCACAAAGAUACCAUUCGCGUCAGCGAGGUAGUACCCAUCUCCAGCAGAGCUUACUGGCCACUCAUUAUAACAUCGAUCUGGAGAAGCUGCAGAAAAUUGCCUCGCCCUUUCCACGCCCUUUCACCCUUGGCAAAUCUGUGGUCUCCGCUUCUCCGGGGCUCUUGGUGAAGGGAAAGGAGAAGGCCGCACAGACAAAACUCGAUGCGAACGACUUGACAUCUCUCACGCGUGAAAACGACGGUUGGGAGGAAUGGGGUCAUGUCCGUAUACUCUACUACCCCUCUGCCCCUGUGGAGAAAUCAAGGGUGCCUCAAUCUGGCCGCUGUGAGCAUGGGCAUGGUACGCAGGGACCGUCCACACCCACGCCAUUACGGAGAAGCUCUACGCAUCCUACACCUCGCUUAAGCCGUAUGUCAAGCACGGAUGAAUCGCCUUCUAACACCGCCCAUACUCCGUCUGGAAAACCGGAGGAGGUACCACGUGGUGGAAAAUUCCUUGACAUCCCGUACGUCUCGGUUUCGUCGUCAAAAACUGAAGACCUUCUUGCGUCGCACUUAGCCGAGGUGCCUGUCGAAUCUAAAUAUGAUUUGCUGCAUAAGAUCCGCACUGCUCAAGGGUUGACUACUUCUCAUGCAACACGCCAACAAAUUCUUGCUGUUCGGAUCCUUGCGGUCAGCAAUCUCGCUUAUGUCUACCCUGAGAAUCUAUUUCAACAGAAAAUUCUCCAACAUGACAUGGAACAGCCGAAGCGCCUGCAACUUGCGUAUCAACUUGCUGAAUUGGUCCAUCUUGGCGCAAGCGGUGACCUUGAUAUCUCGCGGACUGUUCAGACAUUGGCGAUUCAGGCACUAGAUGCCCUUGCAAAACACAAGGCGCGGGCAAUUGACGUCUGCGCGGCAUUGAGCGUCAAUGUAAAUCAUGGGAUUCUUAUGUUCCUAACGAGGAAAGCCGUCGAGGAGCUGGGCUCGGAAGGUGACGAUCAUGCCGACCAUUCUCAAGAGGAAUGGCGGGAUGGCUUACUUGCCCUUCUGCGAACACUUCCUGGUUCAAGCACUAGAACCCCAGAAACGCUUGUCUCUGCUGGCCUGAUUCCAAUGUUCGUUGAUAUCUUGAAUCUUCGAACAAACAAGGCCCGUAAAGUUUAUUCCCGCGUCAUGGAAUUCCUUGAUACCUUUGUUCACACUGUUCGUGAUGCGUUUUCAACUUUAACAAAUGCUAAAGGUUUCGAUGCCAUUUCCGAACUCAUUGCAACUGAGACCAAAUCAGCGUACACGAACGUACAACAGGGCAUGGGAAUUCCUUCACACUAUAAGACCCCUUUGGUUGACUAUCAAAUCCCAUAUUUCCAGCAGCAGACUCUCCGGUGGCUGUUUCGAUUUGUCAAUCACCUUAUGCAACAUAGUGGAGGUGGAUUCGACCGUAUCCUCCGCAACUUGAUUGAUUCGCCGCAGUUACUGACGUCUCUUCGUUUGGUCUUUGAGAACGCUUUGGUCUUUGGCUCACAUGUUUGGAGUGGCGCAGUCAACAUUUUGAGCAGCUUCAUCCACAAUGAGCCUACUAGCUACGCUGUUAUUGCUGAAGCUGGCCUGAGCAAAAGUUUUCUCGAGGCUGUUAUGGCUUCUGAACUCAAGGUUCCAGAAAACCUACAUCCUGAGACUGCUGCCACUGAAGGUGAAGGGGAGUCUUCAUCCCGAACUUCUUCCGGGCCUGGAAGGUCGACUACUGGAGAACAGGAAAUUCGCGAAUAUAGUAUUGUGAGACCGACUGGGGACCGACUAGCCCCUGGAAUCUUACCUGCCGCGGAAGCCAUAACGUGCAUACCCUCGGCCUUCGGUGCUAUCUGCCUGAACGCUUCUGGACUGCAACUUUUCCAGUCUUCGCAUGCAUUGGAAAGUUUCUUUGAGAUAUUCGAGAGUCCCUGCCACGUGAAGUCCUUGAAAGAUGAUCCGAACGUUCUCCGAGCAUUAGGAACAGCAUUCGACGAACUAGCUCGGCACCACCCGGCUUUGAAGCCCGCAAUUAUGUCCGCCGUCAUCGUUAUGGUAUCCCGUGUUGGCCUUCUGUGCAGAAAAAAAGCGUGGGAGAGUGGUGUUGGAACAAAGCUGUGGACAGAAAGCCCGGCAGGAAAACUAUCUCUCUCAGGAAGCAAUGACUCCUUAUUCAAGGAUGUUUGUGCGCCCCUAGAGGCAUCCGUUUGUGACGCUCAAAAUCUUGGUAUUUCAACACUCAAUGCAUCCUCUCUCCCCAAUGGGGGAAGGCUGGUCGUUGGUGAUUUAGCUCAAAUUGAUCUGCCUUCGGAUGAGCCUUUGGAACCUAAGGAUGAGGAUCAGAAUGGCCUUACCGUUACGGACUAUCUGUAUCCUGCAGUGAGGUUCUUAGCAACGUUCUUUGAAAACCAGACAAACUGCGCCUAUUUCAUCGAAUCUGGCGGAGUUGAGUUUGCCUUAGAUCUUGCGACAUUACAGAGCCUUGCCUUCGAUUUCCAUAAUUCCGAUGCGAAUCAGGAGCUUGCUGUGCUGGUACACAUGAUGGCAGAGACGAAGCCUCACCUGGUGAUACCAUCUCUUGUCAAUCGUACUCAAACUGUCAUUAAUAACCUUGCCGGUUUCUGGGCAGAACCGAAAGAUGCUGGUUUCUUCACGUCGUUGAUCAAGCAGACAAACGGAAAAGAACCGGAAGAUGUGCACUCGAGCCUAGCAUUAACACAAGGUACCUUCUUUGCCAAGAAUAUGGCAGCAGCUCUCAUUCUUACGGACCUUCUCCGGGAAAUCUAUUCCGUACCUCUCUACCAAACUCGGCCUAGCCAGCAAGUUUCUCCCUUCAUCCAAGUCAACCUUGCGGACAAGUACUCUACCCUCGUUACGGCUCUGGGAAAUUUACAUUCUGCUUGUGUAUGGGAAGAGAUCCUGCUUGAAAAAAACAUCCCAGACACUUGGAAUGCGGCCACCAAAGUACAUGUACCGGGACCCGGUCCAGAGGGGUCUAGCGAAGUCCCUGGAUUCCUAAAUGUGGAAGAGACUGCAAACCUAGGGCAGGCGGCAAAUGACUCUCGCCAGGGAGAGCCGGCCAGCGGGGAACCUGCAGGACCCACUGCCGCUCCGGAGUCGAGGGAUAGGGCGACAGGCAUUCCCGAGAAUGGUGCAGCCUUUAAGAACGCGCAGACUCUCCGGUUCCUGUUGAGCACUUUGCCUUCCGCUAUAACGGGUUUCUUCCACAACAUAGGCCUUGGCCUUAUUGGUAAAAGGAGGACGGAUCCGUAUCAAAGGCAAAAUGCAUAUAUGGUAGCCGACUCGAUUGCAGAGGCUGUCAUCAAGGAAUUGAAAUAUCGGCCUCCUCACGUUAGUGAGAGCCCUAAAAGACGGUCUGCCUAUCUUAUUGUUAUCCUCUCAUCCUUCUCCCAUUUGCUGUUUGAAUCAACAUCUGGACGUCCGCAUUCACACUAUCUAACAUUGAUCCUCUUUGCAUUCAAGAGAAAGAGUGGAUUGAAGAUUAUGAAAGAUAUCUGUGAUGUAUUUGUCCAGGAGGUCAAGAACCUUACCGCUUCGGACGCCGCAACCAAGCGUGAGGAUGAUAUCUCCGCUCGACUUACUUCCGCUUAUGGAGGAAUUAAGAUUAUACUUGCCUUCUUUUCGGAGAUCGCUUCAGGGAAAAACAUCGUCGACUCCAAUCAAACACAGUCUAUGACUAGCAGCAGCGACCGAGAUCGGGAUCGGCCCGAUUACUUCCAACCAGGCCAAUUUUUGGUGGAUCUUCGUAUGGAGAUAUUACCAAUGGUCAGAGAGAUGUGGAAUUCCGAUUUCGCUAUACACUCUACGAGUUCCGUUGUCAAAUGUCUGGUUGACAUCCUACGCUCAUCGCUUGACGGUGACAUUGAAACAGGAGCGGCUCGGCGUUCUGAUACCCUUCCUGGCUUGGCGGAAGUGCCGAAGAGGAAAUUGGCAAUCAACAAGGAUCGAGAAAAUUCCUUGGUCGAGAGAGGAUUUGCCAGGGAAUUAGCCGAGGAGGCUCUUUAUAGGUGCAAUAAUGCUCCGGCUGCGGCCGACGAGUAUUGCAGGGCACAGGCUUGGCUACGCCCACCGCCAAGUCUAUUGCCGCCUCCGAAUGAUGUUGAUUCUGUUAGACCCGAUACUAUGACCUCUGCGGGAGAGCCUUCUGACGACGCUGUUCUGGGAGAUGCUGCCUCCUUCGCCAGUGGAGUAUUAGAGAGUUCUACGCUGGCCAUGCUUUUAGCCCAGGCUUCCGGUCGACCGACAGGGGAAUUCUCCCGUCAGGAACAAGAUCAGAGCAGGGGCAAUAGUGGUACGGAUAGCGAUGUCGGAAGCGGCACGGACUUUUUGACUCGGGCCCUCAAUCACAUACUCAACGAUGAGCAUAAUGGCGGGCAUAAUGAUCGAGAGGAAUCUUCAUAUCCUCGUCCAGCCGCUGGUAGCUCGUCUGACCCUGCCAAUCGAUCCCCAGAAGAGCCUAUAAGACGACGUCAAGUUACUACUGUUGAGGAUUUGGACGAGGAGCGAGAAAAAGUUCGAUCGAAUAUGAUUGAGCGGUGCUUGGAUAUUCUCAAUGUUCACCAUGAUGUCUCCUUUGAACUGUCAGACCUCAUUGCUGCUGCCACGAAAAAGCACCGUGAACCAGAAAGCUUCCGGAGAGUGGUCGGUGAGACACUAGUCCAGUCUCUGGUUUCCUUGCAGAUGGAAAACUUCCAAGCAGCUGGUAAGAAGAUAGCAGCAUAUGCUCAUCUCCUGGCACUGGUAAUCCAGGACAGGGAUAUGUACAAUGCAACGCUGGAAGAAUUGAAGGAGUGUUUCUCAACUUUCGUUGGCUUUCUACAUAUUACCCCUCCUGAUAAAUCUCCUCAUCAGUCAUUCCCGUGGAUUGGACAUAUCUUACUUAUUCUGGAGAGGUUGUUAUCCGAUGACUCUCAACCGCCUCAGAUUCGUUGGAACCCGCCCACUGGUGAUAACAUCAAUACAUAUGAUGAACCGGCGAAAUUGGAAGAACCUCUUAUCUCCCACGAUGAGAAGAUACAGCUGUUUGAGGCCCUUGUUGAGCUUCUGCCUCGUUUAGGCAAGGAUGAUGCUCUGGCUCUCUCUAUUUGUCGAGUUCUUGUCAUUCUCACGCGGAGUCGUACUAUUGCAGUUCGCUUAGGAGAAAAGCGCAAUUUGCAGCGUUUAUUUAUAAUGGUCAAACAGCUUUCGAGCUCUACGAACCCAAGACUCCAGGGCGCUUUUAUGCUGAUGUUAAGACACAUAAUUGAAGAUGAAGAUACUAUUCGACAAAUUAUGAGGAGCGAGAUCGUUGCUACCUUUGAGGCGAAAUCCUCCCGACAGAUUGACACAACCGGCUAUGUGCGGCAAAUGUAUCAUCUCGUUCUGAGAUCACCGGAGUUGUUUGUGGAAGUGUCUAAUGAACAACUGACAUUGCUUCGCUAUGAUUCUCACCAGAGGCCGCAAACUCUCACACUGAAAAAGUACAAGAAAGUACCUUCACUGGAGCCUCCUAGUGAAGACAAUAAAGAUCAGCCUUCAAGCGAGGCUGUUUCUUCGGAAGAUAAAGACAAGGGUAAAGGUGCUGAAUUAAAACCGCCGGUUGUGGAGCAUCCCGAUGGAGUUAUUCACUAUUUGCUUUCUGAACUCCUGUCCUAUAAGGAUGUGGAUGAUAAAGAACCUCCAGCGGAGACGACUGAUACUACACUGCCUGUCCGGUCAGAUACUCAACCCGACGUGGAAAUGACGACAGAAGAAACUGCUCAUCCUGCUUCCGUGUCUGAUGUGCAGAGCGUCCAGGGUUCAAAGAAGCAAGAGAAACCAGCAUUCAAGGCGGAUGAGCAUCCGAUUUACAUCUACCGGUGCUUCCUUCUUCAGUGUUUGACGGAACUGCUUUCGUCGUAUAAUCGUACCAAAGUGGAAUUUAUCAACUUUUCUCGCAAGGCAGAUCCGCUUGCAACCACUCCUUCGAAACCACGGUCUGGUAUUCUCAACUAUCUUUUGAAUUCUCUUCUACCUGUUGGCACACUGGAACAUGAUGAAUCUGUGCCCUUUAAGAAACGAAGCAACACUUCUGCCUGGACUAUGCGAGUCCUGGUUGCCCUGUGCACUAAGACCGGUGAAUUCGGUGGUAUUGGACGACGCCGAAAUGACCAAGAUGAGGAAGACGAACCCGAUCUUGCCUUUGUGCGUCGCUUUGUGCUAGAGCAUGCGUUAAGAUCAUACAAGGAUGCCAUAGCAUCUAAUGAACCUUUGGAUAUGAAAUAUGCCAGAUUAAUGUCAUUAGCUGAGCUAUUUGAUAAAAUGCUCACUGGUUAUGCCUUUGGGUCGGGUGAUCCUGUCUCCCCAUCUUCCACAAGACAGCUUGCCAGGACCAUGUUUGAAAAGCAUUUCAUCUCUGCCCUCACUGCUUCAAUUGCUGACAUCGAUCUGAACUUCCCAAUGUCAAAACGGGUUAUCAAGUACAUUUUGCGCCCGCUGAACAAACUCUCACAAACUGCUGUUCUUCUGAGUGAGACGUCCGAUAUUUCCUCACUAGGAGAAACCGAGGAAGAUGAGAUCUCGUCAGCGACUUCCGUUUCUGACAUGGAAGAUGACCGUGAAGAGACGCCGGAUCUUUUCCGCCACUCUACUCUCGGAAUGCUGGAACCCCGUCACGAGGAGGAGUCUACUUCGGAAGAAUCGGAGGAAGAGGACGAUGAUGAAAUUUACGAUGAUGAGUAUGGAGAGGAGAUGGACUACGACGAAGAACUACCUGAAAACGACGGCGAAGUUGUCAGUGAUGACGAGGAUGGUGAUGAAGGUAUUGGCCCUAUCGAGGGUCUUCCUGGUGACAACGGUAUGGAUAUUGAAGUUGUUAUAGACGAGGAUGAGGAUGAUGAAGAUGAUGAAGACGAUGACCCUGACGGUUCCGAUAUGGAUGACGAUGAAAUUCUCGCAGGAGAGAUCACCGGAGAUCAUGACAACGAGAGCCUGGGCGGCAUGGGAGAAGAAGAUGAUGAUGAGUGGGAAAGUGAAGAGAUCUCUGAAGAUGAUGAGGAAACUGAAAUGAUGAAUCAGUUUGAGGAUGAAUUAGCAGACAUCAGGCACGCCGAUCGUCAUGACGAUGCUCAACGGUUUGACGACCUGUUCCGCGCUCUUAAUGACGCUGCAGGGGGCGUAGACGAUGUCCAUGGUGAUGGCAUCCGGGGAGAUCUCCCGGACGAUCCUGAUGAUGACUUGAAUGAAGACGAAGAAGACGAAGAAGACAUUGACGAACUCGAGGAUGAGCCCGAUGAGCUCGAUGACGAUCAAGGAUCUUACCAGGGCGCUGAGGUAGAAGAUGAUUUUAUGGAGCCCUGGGGAUGGGACGGUGAUGAGCCGCUGCCUCGUGGACACCAUCACCAUCACCACCGCUUCCGCGGUCCGCCGGGGUGGGCCACCGUCACUGGGAUAAUGCCCCAUCGUAUCCCAAUGCAGCCGUACCGUGUUCACCGGUCCCAGGUCCCUGCGCAUGGAAACGAUGACGGGACAAAUCCUCUCCUUGUUCGACAGGAUCGUGGUCCAGAGGCGGGAGGUCAACCCCGUGCACCGGUUACUGAUGCAUUCUCAGAUUGGAUCCACGGAAUGGAGCCUAUUUCAACUGGUCGCCUGCUUUCCAUGGAUAGCCCUGUCAGUUUCAUGAACGCAAUUAUGCAAGCCAUUGGUGGUCAAGGAGGGCCAGCUUUUGGUGUCAUUACUCGUCCCGAUGGUAUCCAUGUCCAUGUUGACCGGCGAGCAAUCUUGCCAAACCGCAUACAGGAUAUCUUUGGUCUUAGUAGACCACAAGCUGCUCCAUCUCGUACCCGGGAUGAUCCAUCCCAGGCCGUAAGCUUUGCUUUGGAAACCACCAAAGCACGCUGGCAAGAAGAGGCUCGUAUCUUGUUCAGCAACUCCUACGUGGAGAAAACGCAGCGCGUCGUCAAUUCACUUUUGAAGAUCAUGGUUCCUCCUGCAAUUGAAGAAGAUAAGAAGAUUCAAAAGCAGUUGGAAGAGGCACGCAAGCGACGCGAAGAAGAGCGGGCGGAACGAGAACGCCAAGAGCGUAUUGCCAAAGAAGAAGAAGAAAAGGAACGCAAGCGGAAGGAAGAGGAGGAGAACGCCAGGCGCCAGCAAGAAAGGGAGCAGCAGGAAGCAGAGCGAAGAGCAGCAGGCGAUAUUGCGGAGCCGAUGGAUGAUGUCCGGCGUACAGAGGCCGGUGAAGGCCCAGCUCAAGCCCAGGAAGGACCAGCCGAACCUCCGCGCCGAAUUCACACAACUAUCAGAGGCCGGCAGCUCGACAUUACUGGAAUGGAGAUUGAUCCCGAAUAUCUCGAGGCAUUGCCCGAAGAACUUAGGGAGGAGGUGAUUAUGCAGCAGCUUGCAGAACAACGUUCCCAGGCAGCUGCGGCCGGGGAAGAGCCAAGCGAAAUCAACCAAGAAUUCCUGGAGGCCUUACCUCCCGACAUCCGAGAAGAGCUGUUGCAGCAGGAAGCCGCUGAUCGUCGUCGCCGUGAGCGGGAAAAUGCGCGCCGGCAAGCCGCAGCUACUGGUGGCCCGGUCCAUGCUGAAGACAUGGAUGCGGCUAGCUUCCUGGCAACUCUCGAACCCUCUUUGCGCCAAGCAGUACUUGCCGACCAGCCAGAGGAGAUUCUUGCAACAUUGGGUCCGGAGUUCUUAUCAGAGGCACGGUCCAUUCCUGGAAGGCGACUUGCUCAGUUCGGCGAUAUAGGUAGAGUCGAUCACCGACAUAGGCCCGAACCGGUUGAGGAUCAAGGACAAAAGAAACCCCAACGGCGUCAAAUUGUGCAAAUGCUCGACAAGGCCGGUGUUGCGACGCUUCUCCGCCUGAUGUUUAUGCCUCUUCAAGGCAGCGCACGUUCGCAAUUAAAUGAUGUCCUUCACUACGUCUGUGAAAAUCGUCAGAACCGGAUGGAGGUCAUCAGUCUGCUCCUUUCCAUCCUACAAGAUGGAAGCGGAGACUUGACUGCGAUCGAACGCAGUUUCGCCCAACUGUCGCUUCGUGCCAAGACGCCGUCCGCCCAGAAGACCCCACAGUCUAUCAGGCGUGCAUUACCGUUUCAGACUUCUACAAGCGUCAAUAGUGAAGUGACUCCUCUGAUGGUAGUACAACAGUGCCUGGGAACGCUGUCUUUCCUUUCCGGAUAUAAUCCCCAUAUCGCAUGGUUCUUUCUGACUGAGCAUGACACAUCCUCUGCCCUCAAGCUGAAGGCACUGCGCAAGGGCAAAGGAAAGGAGAACCGAUCCAACAAAUUUGCCCUGAAUUCUCUGCUUUCUCUUUUAGAGCGAAAGUUAAUCAUCGAGAGCCCGAAUUGCAUGGAACAGCUUUCUGCUCUUUUGAGCACUAUCACGCAGCCUCUAACAUUCCUUCUCCGACGCGAGAAGGAGAAGCAGGAGGAAGCGAAGGGCAAGCAGCCGGAAGGAGUACAGGCGCAGGAUCAACCUAUUCCGUCAUCGGAAGUUGCAGAACAGAGUACCACGGAUGCAACCAUGACUGAUGCCCCCCCUGCUACCGAGGAGACUGCUGAGUCUCAAGAGGGGCCUGCCGAGACCGCGGCUGAGGCAGAGACACAGAGACGGCCAUCUGAAGAUAAACACCGAAGGAAAACCAUCGAGCCGCCGGUCAUUCCAGAAGUUAACCUUCAGCGGGUGGUGCACAUACUCGCGGCUCGUGAAUGUAACGGGAAGACAUUCAGGGAUACGCUCUCCACUAUCAACAAUCUUUCGGCAAUUCCUGGAGCGAAGGAUGUUUUCGGAAAUGAACUAGUUGGUCAAGCACGCUUUCUGAGUACCACUAUCUUAUUAGAUCUGGAUGAACUAAUAUCUCAUAUUCACCGAGCACGAACUGGAACUGACAUGCAGGGCUUGGCUCUCUCUAAAUUCUCACCUCCAAGCUCUGACCAGGCGAAGUUGCUUCGUAUUCUGACAGCGCUUGAUUACUUGUUUGAUCCCAACCGUGUUGACAGGACCAAGGGGGCCGAACCGGAGUCAGUCGCCAAAGAUGACAUUCUCAAGACUCUCUACGAGAGUUCUACCUUCGGUCCUCUGUGGACUAAGUUAAGUGACUGCUUGACUGUCAUAAGGCAGAAAGAGAACAUGCUGAACGUGGCUACUAUUCUUCUGCCAUUGAUUGAGGCGCUGAUGGUUGUCUGCAAGAAUACUGCCUUGAAAGAUGCUCCUCUUGCUCGCAAUAGUCGGGAGACUUCUGUUCCAAGCGUCUCGGGAGAUACAAGUUUGAGCAUGGAGACUCUCUUUUUCAAGUUUACAGAGGAACAUCGCAAGAUUCUCAAUGAGUUAGUCCGCCAGAAUCCUAGGCUCAUGAGUGGCACAUUCUCUUUGCUUGUCAAAAACCCCAAGGUCCUGGAAUUCGAUAACAAGCGCAACUACUUCACUCGCCGUCUUCACUCUCGUGGUGCUGAACCGCGCCAUCCUCAUCCGCCUCUUCAACUCUCAGUCAGGAGAGACCAAGUUUUCCUUGACUCCUUCAAGUCGUUGUACUUCAAGACAGCGGACGAGUUAAAGUAUGGGAAGUUGAACGUGCGCUUCCAUGGUGAAGAAGGCGUUGAUGCCGGUGGUGUUACCAGAGAGUGGUUCCAUGUUCUUGCCCGGGGCAUGUUCAAUCCCAACUAUGCCUUGUUCAUUCCUGUAGCUGCAGACCGGACUACUUUCCACCCGAAUCGCCUUAGUGGUGUCAACUCGGAGCAUCUCAUGUUCUUCAGGUUCAUCGGACGAAUUAUCGGGAAAGCCUUAUACGAAGGUCGGGUUCUCGACUGCCACUUCAGCAGAGCUGUCUAUAAGUGUCUGCUAGGACGGGCAGUUUCAAUUAAGGACAUGGAGACGCUAGAUCUCGACUACUACAAAUCUCUCCUAUGGAUGCUAGAAAACGAUAUCACCGACAUCAUCACAGAAACUUUUGCUCUUGAGACGGACGAUUUUGGAGAGAAGCAGGUGGUUGAUCUUGUGGAAAAUGGCCGCAAUAUUCCAGUCACCCAGGAGAACAAGGAGGAGUAUAUCCAGCGGGUUGUUGAAUAUCGCUUGGUUGGGUCUGUCAGGGAACAGCUCGAUAGCUUCCUAAAAGGUUUCCAUGAAAUUAUCCCACCCGAGCUUAUCUCAAUCUUCAACGAGCAGGAACUAGAACUGUUGAUUUCCGGGCUACCUGAGAUCGAAGUUGAUGACUGGAAGAACAAUACCGAGUACCAUAACUACUCCGCCUCUUCACCGCAGAUCCAGUGGUUCUGGAGGGCCGUCCGUUCCUUCGAUAAGGAGGAGCGUGCCAAGCUUCUUCAGUUCGUUACAGGAACGAGCAAGGUGCCUCUCAAUGGGUUCAAGGAAUUGGAAGGCAUGAAUGGAAUUAGCAGGUUUAACAUUCACCGUGACUAUGGCAAUAAGGACCGCCUUCCGACCAGCCAUACAUGCUUCAACCAGCUGGAUCUCCCGGAGUAUGACAGCUAUGAGACUCUCAGACAACGUCUGUAUACCGCAAUGACGGCUGGUAGUGAAUAUUUUGGCUUUGCAUAAUGGGUAUGGAGAUAUUCUCUUUUCUUGUAUUCUACCAGAGUGAGAUCAUGGUUUCUUUGAUGCUCAAGCAUUUGACGGCGUCGAAUGGAAGGUUUAGCUGGUUCGUUUGCAUGCCUUUUGUGUUGACAGGUGGCAAAAGAAAAGAGGUCGAGGUGAUAAUAUGGUGUCUGGUGAGGAUCAAAGGAAAAAGAAGAAGAAAAAGAAGGGAAGAAAUGGGGAAUAAAAGAAGACAGAAGACUCCAUCACCCUGGAUGAAUAGUUGGAGUGCAGGCCAACCUGACUCUGGGGUGAUGGAGGGUAGGGCAUGGAAUGGGGUGACGAUUCUCUUAUUAGUCCUGUAUCUAGCUAGUUCUUCGUGCGUUAUUCUAUAUUUAGAUGAAGUAUUUACUGAUUUUCAAGAGAG